UCUCUUUCUUCUUCUUCUUCCCCACAGACUCUGGAAGAUGCAGACAGAAUAUGUUUCAGUCAACCCCUCUGAUGACAUCACAGCUGUCAGAACUGAGAAUGGACCUCAAAGGAACAUAAUGCGCUAUGUACCUAAAGAAGGCAGCUGCAAUAUUGUGUUCCGCCAUCUUCCUAAAGAGUGGCUGCUCUUUGUUACUGACAUCUUCACUACUUUGCUUGAGAUCAGGUGGAGGAUGAUGUUCCUCAUCUUCGCCCUCUCAUACAUUUUAUCCUGGCUGUUCUUUGGCAUCCUCUUCUGGAUUAUCGCUCUAGUGCACGGAGAUGUCCAUGACCACACAACAGAGCCAUGUGUGUUCAAGGUGCGUAGCUUCACAGCUGCAUUCCUCUUCUCACUUGAAACUCAAACCACCAUUGGCUACGGCUUCAGAGGAAUGACUGAGAACUGCAUGGUCGCCAUCAUUAUUGUCACCAUACAAGAUGUGAUCAGCUGCCUUAUUGACACGUUUGUCAUCGGAAUUGUCGUCUCCAAAAUGGCCUCGGCCAGAAAGAGGGCACAGACGGUGGGUUUCAGUAACUGUGCCGUGAUCAACCUUCGUAAUGGUUGCCUGUGUCUUUCCUGGCGCGUUGGGGACUUCCGCAGGAAUCACCUGGUGGAAGGGACGGCUCAUGGUCAGAUAGUCCGCUCCACUGUGCACACCACUGGGGAAGUGGACGUGACCUAUGAAGACCUCAUCAUCGAGGCAAAAGACAUCGUCCUGGUUACACCUACGACCAUCUCCCACAGGAUCAACUCCAGCAGCCCUCUCUACAAGAUGAGCCUCGCGGAUCUACUGAAAGAAACCUUUGAGCUGGUUGUGUCAUUUACCUACAUAGACGACUCCACAGGUAUCCUGCAUCAGACGCGCACAUCUUAUACCCCAAACGAGAUCCUCUGGGGUCGGAUGUUCCAGGAAAUGAUCAGGAAGAGCAGGAAGCAUUACAGGGUUGAUUAUAAUUUGUUCCAUGAUACUGCUAAGGUGCAAGUGCCACUGGUCAGUGCUGAAGAGUACGAGCGCAAGAAGCAACUGCGACCCUCUCCUCGACCUCAAGUUUCACAUCGAGCUUCACCACAGACCUCGCCAAGGUUACAGCAGCAAACACCUGAGGAAAAACUUCUGAAGCCCCCAACAGUGAUGGUGGAACUUGUGAGUGACAACAACAUUGAAGCAACUGUUUCAACCUCUGAAGUAGACAAUGAAACGACCUCACAAGUGUAGAAAUAUAAAAGUAGAGCUUGGUAAUGUUCACAGUGGCCCCUCUGAGAUUCAAUGGGGUCAUUGAAGCUCACUGGUUCAAAGAAGAUGCUCUACCAAAGAAGACUUUUGAAGAAGCUAAUUUAUCAUGAUGACAUCAGAUAGUUUAUUCUGAAAGUUGGUAAAGUGUCACUCAUUCAGAUUAUUUUGAGUGUCCAACAUAGCGUCAGAUCCAUAAGUAAUUGGACAGUGACACUUUGAAAUUUGGUUUCUCGUCAUUACAAAUCAUCACUUUUACAGCCAGUUUUCUCGAGACUAUCAGUGCAGCCGCACACAGUUUGAUACUGCAGAGUAAAUCUUUGUGGAGGAGGCAUUUCUCUAAACCAAGUAAGAAGGAGUUAAGUCAGGGAAGUCGGACCGUUCACACCCAGUCACACCCACAGAAGUCUGUCACUCCCUCACUAGUCUCCUUCUUACACGGUCACUCAGUUUUUGAGAACUGCCUUCUCCGGAUAGAUUUAUCAAACAGCAUCACACUGUUUCUAUUUCUUAAUGAUGGAUAUAAAUGAAGUCCAAGAUGUAUUCUGUGACUUGGAAUUGUUCAUGAGUUUGUCUGUAAAUAUAGAUUUGUAUGAAUAAAAACCCUCAUAUUUCAGAAUAUCAAGGGAAUGUGUAUAAAACUAUCAGUAAUUCCUAAAUGUUUUUGUUAAACUUCUUGAAUUAAAGCUGAAAGUCUACACUGCACAGUAAACUCACCAAUGCUAAAUUAACACUAGAAAGUGCCUGUAUGUGUUCACCUCUCUCCGUGUUAACACUUUUCUAGUGUUAAAUUUAACACUAACAGUGUAAAUGUAACAGUGUUCUAGCAUUAUAUCCUCCCUCCAUCCUGCGCUGCCCUGCGGAGCUCAUGAUCGGGAGACGUACCUGCCUCAAGCCUCGUUAACACAUUUAUCAUGUUACAGUAGCAUGGCCAGUGUCACAUUUAACACUGAAGAGAGUGGACACAUACAGACACUUUCUAGUGUUAAAAUAACAUUGUCAGUGUUAAAUUUAUAAAUUUAACACUGACGGGAGGGGACACAUUCAGACACUUUCUAGUGUUAAACUAACAUCGCCAGUGCUAAAUUAACACUACGAAAGUGUUAUUUUAACACUGACAGGAGUGGGCACAUACAGACACAUUCUAGUGUUAAAUUAAACACUGUCUGUGUUAAUUUAACACCAGAAAAGUGUUAAUUUAACACUGGCAGGACUUGAGACAUACAGACACACUCUACUGUUAAAUUAACAGUAUUAAAUUAGCAAUUUCUGUGUUAAUUCAACACUAGAAAAGUGGUAAUUUAACACCAACGGGGUGGACACAUACAGACACACUCUAAUGUUAAACUAACACUGUUAAUGCUGAUUUAACACUAAAAAAGAAUCCAUUUAACACUGACAGGAGUGGACACAUACAGACACUUUCUAGUGUUAAAUUAACAUUGUCAGUGUUACAUUUAACACAAUACAAGUGUAAAUUUAACACUGAUGGGAGUGGACACAUACAGACACUUUCUAGAGUUAAAUUAACAUUGUCAGUGUUAUAUUAACACUAGAAAAGUCUUGAUUUAACACUGACAGGAGUGGGCACAUACAGACACUUUCUAGUGUUAAAAUAACAUUGUCAGUGUUAAAUUUAACACAAUAGAAGUGUAAAUUUAACACUGACGGGAGGGGACACAUUCAGACACUUUCUAGUGUUAAAUUAACAUCGCCAGUGCUAAAUUAACACUACAAAAGUGUUAUUUUAACACUGACAGGAGUGGGCACAUACAGACACAUUCUAGUGUUAAAUUAGCACUGUCUGUGUUAAUUUAACACCAGAAAAGUGUUAAUUUAACACUGGCAGGACUUGAGACAUACAGACACACUCUACUGUUAAAUUAACAGUAUUAAAUUAGCAAUUUCUGUGUUAAUUCAACACUAGAAAAGUGGUACUUUAACACCAACGGGGUGUCAGUGUUAAAUUUAACACAAUACACGUGUAAAUUUAACACUGAUGGGAGUGGACACAUACAGACACUUUCUAGAGUUAAAUUAACAUUGUCAGUGUUAUAUUAACACUAGAAAAGUCUUAAUUUAACACUGACAGGAGUGGGCACAUACAGACACAUUCUAGUGUUAAAUUAACAUUGUUGGUGUUAAUUCAACACUAGAAAAGUGGUAAUUUAACACAAAUGGGGUGGACACAUACAGACACACUCUAAUGUUAAAUUAACACUGUUAGUGCUAAUUUAACACUAAAAAAGAGUUAAUUUAACACUGACAGGAGUGGACACAUACAGACACUUUCUAGUGUUAAUUUAACACUGGUGAUUUUUGUACAUGUAUAUCUUAAUUGUUUCUUAUCAACUCCACUGAGUUGCUGUAAAGAUUGCACUGUGUCACUGUCCAUUUACUAAUUGAUCUAACUGUAGUUUUGUAUUUUUUCUUUGCUGCAUGAAUUUAGCAAUGACCAGGUUUAAGGUUGAAAAAUAUUAAAACAUGUAUAUAAACCUUUGAAUCCACACCCACACGAUCAGUCUGUGUUUUUGCACAAAAUAUCCAACAGCUCCUCCAUCCUGCACCGACCUGUGGAGCUCACGAUCAGGUGAGUGCGUCGCUGUGCGCACUUUGAUCAGACUCUCACCAGGGGACGUUCCGGCCUUGAGCCUCGUUAGUGCCACAGCUGAUUACUGAUUGACUCCAGGUGUGUCAAUCAUUUAUUUCAUCAAAGAGAACAGCAGCACUCUGCCACGGGGUGAAAAUGUCUCAUAAUCUUAACUGUCAUCAGUACACGUUAUGAAAGUUACUCAUCUGUACACCCGGGGUCCAGACGGAUCCUAAAAGAACAUCUUGUUUUGUAUAAUGUACAUUUUUCAUUUAGACCAUCCUUGCAGAUAUCUGUAGUAUAACUAGACAGGGUUACUUUGUAACUAUGUUGAAAAAAAAAAUCCUUUUGAGUAUCUGACUGAUAUGACACAUUUUAUUUUGAAAAAAUUGAGAAUUCUUUUCAACACUAAACCUCAGUGUCAACUCCCUGCACUUGGUCUGAGGCAAAGAUCCUGAAUUAGAGCGACUCUGGCUGUGCAGUAGUUCAGAAAAAAACUGAUACAAACCUCAAAAUUUUGCAACCAGAUACCAUUAUAUCAAACUGGGGUCCAAAAGGACCCCAUAAGAAACAUUCUUCUGGAGCUCACAGUAUUUCAUCAAGUUGGAUCAAAAUACACUCAAAAAUGGCUCAUUGGAGGAACUCAAUUCAGUUAUGUGCAGGAUUUCCACCUAAUAAUUAUAUGUAGCCCCAACUCAAAUAAGACACAUCCAUGCAACAUAUUUGCAACUUAAUUUACUUGAGACUACAUAUAUUUUUUAAAAUGGAAAUCCAAUCCAUUGAGUCAGUUUUUUUGAGUGAUCACUCAAACAGAUGACUCAUUGGAUGAACUGAAUUCAGUU